UUUGAAAACUGUUCAUGCUCAGCCUGUCACUACUGUAGGUCUGCCUGCUGCGUCCCUCUCUCUUUAACUCCGUCAAAACACACGCGAUGUCAGCCGCCAGCACCGAGACGAGCGCCCAGUUGCCCGCGUCCGCCAGCCGGGUGUUCUUCCAGCCGCCGGCCGGGGUUGGGUGCGCUGGUUCCGGCCCCAUUCCGCGUGAUGACCCGGUCCAAAGGAAGCAGGGAAAAGUGACGGUGAAGUACGACAGGAAGGAGCUGCGGAAGAGACUGAUACUGGAGGAGUGGAUCAUUGAACAACUCAGCGAUCUGUACGACUGUGAGGAAGAGGAGAUGCCGGAGGUAGAGAUAGAUAUUGAUGACCUGCUGGAAGUCAACAGUGAAGAUGACAGAGCUGUAAAACUACAGGAAUCCUUAAUAGACUGCUAUAAACCCACGGAGGUCUUUGUCAGGGAGUUGUUAGGGAGGAUACGAGGGAUGAGGAAACUCAGUGCGCCCACCAAGAAGGGCCUAUAAUGGUCGUCUACCCACUCUGCUGUGGAUCGGCCAUGACCCAGCUGCAGUUCAUCCACAACGACUGCAGCUAGACCGCAAAUGGACAAGUACAGACUGGACUCAACUGCUAGUGUCAACAUGGAUUUAGCUACCCAGUAGCUUUGUGACCAUUACCCCUAAAUCACUUUACAACAGUACAGCUGAGAUACAGCACCUCUACAGCUGAGAUACAUCACCUCUACAGCUGAGAUACAGCACCUCUACAGCUGAGAUACAUCACCUCUACAGCUGAGAUACAUCACCUCUACAGCUGAGAUACAGCA